GACCCGCGGGGAGCCACGUGACGGAGGGGGCGGGCCGGAGGUGGGGUUAAGGGCGUCCAGCGCAGCGCCCCCGCAGACGCCCCCGGGGGUCGGGCAGAGGUCUCCUCCGGAGCUGCAAGUCCCGCUGCCGGGCUAAAGGCCGAGGUCCUGCCUCCUCCUGCCCCACCGGGGGUCUCCGGCUCCCGACCCCCGACUCUCUGAGGAGCCGAGCCUUGCGGGAGCCAUGAAUGUGCUGGUGAUUCUGGUGGCCUCGGUCACCCACGUGCUGGCCCUGGAGAAUGGGCUCAUGAGGACGCCCCCGAUGGGCUGGCUGGCCUGGGAGAGGUUUCGCUGUAACGUCGACUGCAAGACGGACCCCAAAAACUGCAUCAGCGAGCAGCUGUUCAUGGAGAUGGCGGACCGGCUGGCGGAGGACGGCUGGCGGGACCUGGGCUACCGCUACGUCAACAUCGACGACUGCUGGAUGGCCCGGCUGCGGGACCGCGACGGGCGGCUGGUCCCGGACCCCGACAGGUUUCCCCGGGGGAUCCCGGCGCUGGCCGACUACGUUCACUCCCGUGGCCUCAAGCUGGGCAUCUACGAGGACCUGGGCAAUUACACGUGCAUGGGCUACCCGGGCACGACGCUGGCCCGGGUGGUGGACGACGCCCGCACCUUUGCCGAGUGGGGGGUGGACAUGCUCAAACUGGACGGCUGCUUCUCGACCUCCGAGGACCGGGCCCUGGGCUACCCCAAGAUGGCCGAGGCCCUCAACGCCACGGGCCGCCCCAUCGCCUUCUCCUGCAGCUGGCCGGCCUACGAGGGGGGCCUUCCCCCACAGGUGAACUACACCCUCCUGGGGACCAUCUGCAACCUGUGGCGAAACUACGACGACAUCCAGGACUCCUGGCAGAGCGUCCUGUCCAUCGUGGACUGGUUCUCGGACAACCAGGACGCGCUGCAGCCCGCGGCCGGGCCCGGGCGCUGGAACGACCCGGACAUGCUGCUCGUCGGGAACUUCGGGCUGAGCUUCGAGGAGGCGCGGGCCCAGAUGGCCCUGUGGGCCGUGCUGGCGGCGCCGCUCUUCAUGUCCACGGAUCUGCGCACCAUCUCCCGGCGCGACCGCGAGAUCCUGCAGAACCCGCUCCUCAUCAAGAUCAGCCAGGACCCCCUGGGCGUCCAGGGGCGCAGGGUCCGCCAGGAGCGGUCGCAGAUCGAGGUGUUCCUGAGGCCCCUGGCCCGCUCGGCCUCUGCCCUGCUGUUCUUCAGCCGCCGGACGGACGUGCCCUUCCGCUACAGGACCUCCCUCGCCGGCCUCAACUUCACCUCCGCCUCCCUGUACGAGGCGCAAGAUGUGUACACGGGAGAGAUCAUCAGUGGCUUAAAGGCGGAGACCACCUUCACUGUGGUCAUCAACCCCUCGGGGGUGGUGGUGUGGUAUCUCUAUCCCAUUCAGGAGCUGGACUUGCCCAUCGGGCUGUUUGGCCAGCAGCCCCGGGCCCGGGGCUUCCUCUAGGACCCGCACCCGCCGGUCGGCACCGCCCCUCGGCCCGACCCCGACCCUCCGUCCCUCCUCCGGCUGUGCCCUCCCCUCCUGCCCGUGAGCACGGGGCCCAGACCCGGCCUCACUUCCCACCCCCCGGGGCGGACGCAGACAGGGACGGGGAUCCCCCGGGCCGGGAGCGGAGCGGCCCCUCGCUGCCCGCUCCGGCCCGGAUCCUCCCCCUUCGCUCUGCCCCCGGUCUGCUUCUCCAACGAGUUGUGGACUCACAGCUGGGACUGCUGGGAAGAGGCUCCCACGCCGCGAUGAUCGAGCUGAAUCCUCCGGCCCCUGCAGCACCGGAGUCCGGGCCCGGGGUUCUCGGGGGGCGGGGAGGGGGCCGGGCCGGGGGCCGGACCCCUUGCCGGCCGCGGACAUUUAAUAAAGUGAUUUCUGGUGAA